CGAAAAAGUAGUUCUUUUUUUUCGCCACAAAAAAAAAUGUUUAAUAGUUUUUCUUCAAGAAAGCACUUCAUUUUUAUUUGUAGUCUAGCUAUAAUAUUAACUCCAAGAUGGAUCUUAGCUCAGAAAUGUGGGUGUGCAGAAGGCUUAUGCUGCAGUAAAUGGGGUUAUUGUGGCACUGGAAAUGAUUACUGUGGAAAAGGCUGCCAAGGAGGGCCUUGUUAUGGUUCAUUAAUUACUAAUGGAUCAGUUUCUGAAAUUGUUUCUGAAUCAUUCUUCAAUGGAAUUGCUAAUCAAGCUGCUUCAAGCUGUGAUGGCAAAGGUUUUUACACAAGAUCUGCCUUUCUUGAAGCUCUCAACUCUUAUCCUCGUUUUGGAACUGUUGGUUCUUCUAAUGAUACUAAGCGUGAAAUUGCCGCUUUCUUUGCUCAUGUCACUCAUGAGACUGGACACAUGUGCUACAUAAGUGAGAUAAAUGGACCAACCAGGAACUACUGUGAUCAGCAAAACAUAGAGUACCCUUGUGUCCCUGGCAAGAAAUAUUAUGGCCGAGGACCGAUCCAAUUGUCAUGGAAUUUCAACUAUGGACCAGCGGGAAAGGACAUCGGAUUCGAUGGCCUAAACGACCCUGAUAUCGUGGCUAGAGACAACAUUAUAUCAUUCAAGACAGCCUUGUGGUACUGGAUGAGCAAUUGCCACUCUCUCAUAACUUCUGGCCAAGGUUUUGGGGCGACGAUUCGAGCCACUUAUGGCCCAUUUGAGUGUGAUGGUGGCAAUCCUCCGGCUGUUGCUAGGAGGAUUGAUUAUUAUACCGAGUAUUGUCACCAACUUGGUGUAGAUACUGGGAAUAAUUCCUCUUGUUAGGAGAAAUUUCACAUUUGAAUAAUGACUACGUAAGGAAAA